AUAUAGUCUUUAAAGUGAAAAUUUUUUUAAAAAUUCUUGUUUUUAUUGCCAUAUUAAAAAUUUUAAUUUAAUAAAAUGCCUAUCGAAAAAGUUAAAGCGCGACAAAUUUUUGAUUCACGAGGUGAGCCUACUUUAGAAGUCGACUUAAUAACGGAUAUUGGGCUCUUUAGAUCUUCAGUACCAUGUACCCCUUCAUCAAAUUUAAACGAAGCUUUAGAUCUUCGUGAUAAUAAUGCAAUAAUUUUUAAUGGACGUUCAGUUUUGAAUGCAGUCGAAAAUAUUAAUAAUAUAAUAGCUCCAGAGCUAAUAAAAAGUCGAUUUGAAGUUUGUCAACAGCGAGAAAUUGAUUUACUUAUGAUAAAGCUAGAUGGUUCAAAAAAUAAAUCGAAGCUCGGGGCAAACGCUAUUCUAGGAGUGUCAAUGGCUUGUUGUAAAGCAGGUGCCAUUAAAGGGCGUAUUCCUUUAUAUAGGUAUAUAAGUCGAUUAGCAGAUACUCAACCAAUCAUUCCAGUCCCUAUGUUUAAUAUUAUCAAUGGUGGAAAGUUAGCAGGAAAUUCUUUGAUUUGUCAAGAUUUUAUGAUUAUGCCAACAGGUGCUGAAUCUUUUAAAGAAGCUAUAAAAAUGGGUAUAGAAGUAUUUAAAAUACUUGAAAAAAUGAUUGCUGAAUCUGAAGAAUUAAAAGUUCCUUUAACUGUUGGCAACGAGGGAGGUUUUUCUCCGCAAAUUGAAGAAGAUUCAGAAGCUUUAAGUAUGAUUGUAGAAGCUAUUAAAGCUGCUGGUUAUGAAGGAAAAGUAAAAAUUGCCAUAGAUAUGUCAGCGAGCUCUUUUUGCAAAGAUGGACAAUAUGAUCUUCAGUUCAAGACAGAAGAUACAGAUCCUGAUGAUUAUAUAGAGGCUCAAGCAUUAAAAGAUCGAUAUCUCGAAAUUUUAACAGAUUUUCCACAGUUGGUAUCAAUUAAGGACCCAUUUGAUCAAGACGAUUGGGAUGGUUGGCUUAUGUUAUCAGACCAGUCGAUUCAAAUUGUAGCGGACGAUUUGACCGCAAUGAAUUCGGAAAGGAUUGAAGAAGCCACGGAGCGAGGAGCAGGAAAUUGUUUAACAAUAAGAUUGCCUCAAGCUGGAACAGUUACGGAAGCUAUUGAUUGUUUUAAAAUGGCACGAUCAAGUGGUUGGUCAACAAUUGUAAGUGCAGGUUAUGGUGAAACUGAAGAUUGUUUUGUAGCGGAUUUUGUCGUUGGAUUAUCAGCAGGACAAUUUAAAGCUGGUGCGAUUUGUAGAGGAGAGAGGAUUUCAAAAUAUAAUCAAAUUCUGAGGAUUGAAGAAGAACUCGGUCAAGGAGCUAAGUAUGCUGGAGAGAUGUUCAAGAACCCAUUGUCAUUAAUAAGUCAUUCAGAAAAUCAUCAGAAAGACGAAAAAAAAAAAAAAAAAUCAAAGAAAACAUAUUAAAAUUGAAUUUAGAUUAUUUUGCAGAUGUAUUUACCAU